AUGUCUCGCAACAUCCUCUUGACCGGCGCCUCCGGCUACCUAGGCGGCACCUUCCUCGAGCUUCUCAAGAACGCCAACCUCCCCGCCUACAAGAUCUACGCCGUAGUCCGCUCCGACAAACAAGCCGAAGCAGUCAAACAAUACCUCAAUGUCGAGCCCAUCACUGUUGACCUGUCCAACACCGAUGCAGUGUCCUCCGCCAUCAUAGACCACAAUAUAACAAUCGUAUACCACCUUCACAACCCCCUCGACAACACCACACCCGCCUGGAUCAAGGCCCUCGCAACCGUGAAGCAGAAAACCGCCCAGGAUGUCCACUUUCUGUUUACUACGGGGGCGAAGCUCUUCUCCUCUCACGCGGGGGCACCUACGCGCCCGUUCUCAGACACAGACCCCUCCCUCUUUGCCAUCCAAAAGGCCCAGCCGGAAAAAGCACCCAUCGAUGCGAUGGGCAUGGGCGUCUCAUGCAACAACCUCGUCAUCUCGACCGCGCAAGAACUAGGUGUAAAGUCCUACAUUUUCGCGCCGUGCAUCGUCUACGGCGCGGGUCUUGGUUUCGGAAAUAAGAUCUCCAUACAGACGGUUGCGGUGGUGAAGGCUGCGGUGAAGACGAGGAAGGUGUAUAAAGUGGAUGAAGGGCGUCCGACGUGGCCGGUUUGUCACGUGGAGGAUAAUUCCACUUUGUAUAUUGAGAUUCUACGCGGGAUGCUGGAAGGGAGGGAUAUUGGGAGUGGAGAGGAGGGGUAUUUCCUUGCGAGUCCGGGGAGCAUGGCGUGGGAUGAUAUCUACGCCGCUAUGGGGAAGGCGUUGAAGAAGCGAGGUGUCGUUGAUGAUGAGACGGUUGUGGAAGCGGAUGGAACUGCUUUGGAGAAGAUGGGGGAAGGAAUGGAGUGCCCGGCGGAGUUUGUGCCAAUGCAGGUCGGUGGGCUGUGUACGUUGACGGCUGAGCACGGGAAGAAGAUUGGGUGGAAGCCGAAGUACGCGCCGGAACAUAUUGUGGAGGCUGCGGAUGCGGAGGUGGCGCUUAUUUUGGAGCAUCUGGAGGCCGCGAGGAGUUAUGCGAUUCCGAAGGGAUGA